UGGUCUUUGGCUAUGUCGCUAUGAAGCCUUUCACUUCUUCAGCUACAUCAUCACUCUUUGGUUCGGUCAAAUUCCAUGUUAAUCCUCGCAACCUGAUUCACUGUCUGUCUCUCAGUGUAACACACUCGUUUCCGCCACCGCUGCCGCCGCCCAUUCCGGUUAACAAUGGAGUUUGUUAACAAAUUAGUUGACACGGUUAAGAGAGCUUCAAACAACAACACAGUGAUCAAUGUUUGUCUGGUUGCUUCGUUUGCAACGCUGGGAUUGAGAUCUAUGAAUCAGCAGAAUCUCAUUGAAGCUCUAGAGGCUGAGAAGGAAUCUCUUGCCAAAUCCAAUAAGGCCAUUAGAAAGACCAUCUGGGAUUGGAAACAGCAGCUUUAUGCGGAAGCUUCGACGGAUUCUGCGGUCGUUCCUUUGGCAAGGCUCAAAGCCAUAUAUGGUGAAGCCCCACCUCCUCAAAAUUCUCAGCUUGGAGAUACUGUGAGGAAAGAUGCAAAGUCAUCUAGUUCCACCAAAAUAAUGGCCUGAGAUCUGCACUGUUGUUAGGACUUCAGAAUUUUUUGCCAUUGGAAGUUUGUCAAUAAAAUAUUUUCCUAGAGAAGAAACGUAUAAUCCUGUCAACUUUUUUUCAUUAGCUAGUAUGUUGUACUUGGAGGAAGUUUAAAAAGUGAAACAUUUGUCUUCAGAAAGAUAAAAACAAUAAAAACAUGUUUUUAUCUUUGCUGUAUAUUUUAUUAAUCUAACAAUUUUGGCGAACAGAUAUAAACUAGUACAAAUUUGGUAGA